UCUUUCUUUGUGGUGAUGCCGCUAUGCUGCAGGAAGAGGGUUUCUUUGCUCAGAAAUGUUGAACGAGUGCCCAGUUUGUUAUGUUAGGAUCUGGAAGAAAAUACAAUAAGACGAAGGACGUCAGAUGAAUUGCCAGGAACAUACAUGUGGGGUGCAAGACUGUAAGCAUAAAGAGACAUUUGUCGGGCACUAAAGGAACUUGGCAAUGGACAAUGGUUAUGAAACUUUAAAAACUUACCCUGACUCAGCCCCUCUUAUCCAUGCAGAGUCAAAAGAAUGUUUUAUCUGUCGGGAAGGAGACGAGAUGGGCCGUGACGCUCUGCUGCACUUCUGUGACUGCAAAAACUUGAUUGCUCACCAGAAAUGUCUUUUAACUUGGAUACAAAAGGGUCCUGACAAUGAAAGUGUCCCACAAUGCAAAGUGUGUACAACUGAGUACCAGCUGGAGAAAAGGUCACCCUGGAGAAUUCUGAUGUCACAAUGGCCCAAGUGGGUUGUCUUCUGCACCAUCCUGGCGGUAAUGAUCUGCAUUCCACUUUUGGUCUAUGAAAUGAUGAUAGCUUUCCAGGAUCCUCCUCCCAGCCUUGUUUUCAACAUAGCAGCUGUCUGCUUUGGGGUGCUCACAGAAAUCCUUCUGAGCAAAUGCCUGAUAAACUACUGCACUAGCAACUACAAGAAAGCCAGAAUGACUUCAUUUUCCAUCAGACCAAGAACCAUAGAGCAUUGUGAUGGAAGCAUCUGUGUUGUGUGUCCAGCCGGUCAGAAUCCACAAACAGCUGCGAUGAACAGAACAGAAAUGGAGAAACAGGAGGCAGCCAAAGCCCAACCCUGAAGCCCUCUUUCUGACUGGAGGAGAAUGAGGCCAGGACAGAGGAACCCCCAGCAGCAAGAGAAACUAAACAGAUUGACUUUCAGUGAUUCAUUUAGCUUCAGGAUUGGACAGAUCUCUCCCCUGCUGGCAAUUUGGCUGAACAUCAAUGGGCUAGAUACCAGGAUGAAUAGCUUAAAAUAAUUAGGGGUGGGGGAGGAUGAAAUCUGCAAAACUGCUAGCCAUCCAAUUCUUUCUCAUGUAAUGAAAGAUACAAAAUAAAUUACAUUUAGGUUAUUAAAUAUAAAGUCAUUGGAUUUACCUCCAUUUGGCCCAAAGCAGGAAACUGGAAUACAUUCAACAUUGAUAUCAUUGCAUUGAUAGGCUGUUUAUCAUUGAGUGACUGACUGCAUUUUGGCAGGUCAGAGGGGUCUUUGACACAUGAAUGGAAAAGAGGCACUUGAAUUCUCCCAAAAAGAGAUAAUUAAUUCCACAAACAAUUUUGGCAUGAAUAUGAAUGUGUACCAAACUAAAAUUGCUUGCAGCCAAGAAGGUUUUUGUUCAGUGAUCGUCACUUUCAACCUUGUAUUGACAUUUGGGAUCCAGAUUUGUUUCCAUUGAACAAGAUGGGAAUUUUGACACUCUUUUAGGAGAAGCCAUCUGAGAUCCCAGAAGCAAAAUAGAUAGUACUUUGUAUUUAAUGUGUGAAACCAGAAGCAACAGGCUCGUUUAGUAUCAGUAAAGGUCAGUUAAAAUUAUAGAGACAUCCUUUGGAGCAAAUCCUCUGCCUUGUAUUUGCAUAUUUAUGAACUAGAGAUUACGACAGCCCAUUCCAUUUAUUAGAGCAGUGAUGCUAUAGUUAAUAGUCUGUCAGCAUUUCCAUUAUAAACCCCCUUUUUCACAGUUUUAAUAUCUCGGCCACUUGAAAUCACGUCAAGCAAGCAAGUCACUUUUGUUGGUCCAGGUGCAAUUACAUUUUUUCCCAUUUGUUUUUGUUUAAUUUAAAAUCAAAAUAGAUUUAAAAGUGUUUAGUCCUUAUUGACUUGGAAGAUUCAGUAAAACCUGUUAUGUGAUCCAAAGUUUGUUCUGCUCUUUCCUUG